ACCUAUCGCCUCUCACUGCAGCGGUGAACAGUUGAGAAACGAAAGCUAGGGGGACUGUUGAAAAAAAGCGAUUGAUAGAAGCAAGAAUACAUAAAACAAUAUUCCUUUUGAAGUUCUCUUCUUUUGUAGUAUAACGCUCUACAAAUUCAAAUAAGGUCUGUUCAAAGAGGGGAUUGCUCGAAACGAAGAUAAGGGUUUGUGUAGCACGCAAGUUGACUAGCUAUCUAGCUAACGUUGCUACGGCAAAACUGAAUCACGGUUCUAACUGUUACUGAUUGAUAAUCGACGUCGCUGAUUUAUCGACGUGCGCAAGUCGUCUUCGAAAUCAGGGUGGUCGACCGUUCGCCAUCCAAACCUGUCUUCCCCCUUGACGCAGUCCGAAGAGUGUACUGGUUCAGAGAAUGCUAAAGAAUGAGUCAAAGGGAUACCUUGGUUCAUUUGUUUGCCGGAGGGUGUGGGGGCACAGUGGGUGCUAUUCUGACUUGUCCGCUGGAAGUAGUGAAGACCAGACUCCAGUCCUCUCAUGUCACCUUUUACAUCUCUGAGGUGCAGCUCACCACCGUCAACGGGGCCAGUGUGGCCCGCAUGGCCCCCCCGGGACCCUUGCACUGCCUCAAGUUGAUACUGGAGAAGGAGGGACCCCGCUCGCUUUUCAGAGGGCUGGGGCCCAACCUGGUGGGUGUGGCUCCUUCCAGAGCCAUCUACUUUGCAGCUUACUCCACUGCCAAGGAGAAGCUGAACGGUGUGUUUGAGGCUGACUCCACGCAAGUUCACAUGGUGUCUGCAGGCCUAGCAGGGUUCACUGCUAUCACUGCAACCAAUCCCAUCUGGCUGAUAAAGACCCGGUUGCAACUGGAUGCCAGGAACCGUGGCGAGCGGCGCAUGAAUGCCUUCGAGUGCAUGCGGCGGGUCUACCAGACUGAGGGCUGGCGGGGCUUCUACCGCGGUAUGUCUGCCUCGUACGCCGGCAUCUCCGAGACAGUCAUCCACUUUGUCAUCUACGAGAGCAUCAAGCGCAAGCUGAUGGAGUCCAAGGCCCAGGCCAGCAUGGAUCAGGACGAGGAUGAGUCGGUGAAAGACGCCUCCGAUUUUGUGGGUAUGAUGCUGGCAGCCGCCACGUCCAAGACCUGCGCCACCUCCAUCGCCUACCCCCACGAGGUGAUCCGCACCCGGCUACGAGAGGAGGGCAGCAAGUACCGCUCCUUCUUCCAGACAUUGCUGACAGUACCUAAGGAGGAGGGCUACCGCGCCCUGUACCGCGGUCUCACCACCCAUCUGGUCCGCCAAAUCCCCAACACCGCUAUAAUGAUGUCCACCUACGAGAUGGUGGUCUACCUGCUCCAACGCUAGCCCCUCCCCUUCCUGUGUGGAGAGGAAGUAGGAAGUGACUGAUUUGGUUGGGGAUAUCUAAGAUGGAGACCAAAGGAAAACCGAUACUGACCAGAACCAAGAAAGAAGAAGAGCUCCCCCACUAAUUCCCCACCAACAACCCCAACCCCCCUAAGCCUACAGGCCACCCCACAAGGGGGCGCUAUGGUCUGGGAUGAUAGAGAAAGGAUGGGGUGGGAAGAAGAGAGAGGGACGGCGAGAGACCGUUGGGUCAGUCCUUUACAGAGCCUGUCAAACAGUCUCAAAGAAAGACGGAAAUCAUUUUGUGGCCUUAAAGAGUUUAGUCUGUCUCUCUGUAGAAUGAAACUAAUCUGCUUUAGCCUGUACGGAGAUGACAAUCUGAAAGGGGAAUGCAAGAAAACAAUCGAUUUAAAAAAAACUGGUGUCAUAACAACACUGAACAUUAUAGAAAAUGUUUAUUGCAAAAUGUUCCACCAGUAGUUCUAUUUGAUUAGAUUAGCACUUUUCCCCUAGGAUUCAGCAUAUAAGCCAGGGAUGGGCAACUGGCGGCCCUUGGAUCAACUUCCCCGAACUCAGUCGGGGUCUCAACUUACUGUUGCAAGUUAGAAUAGCAGAAUACACAAGGUGCAAUUUCAAAAUGCAUCAGCAGUUUCUCUUAUGUCAGUCACUGACAGUCAAUUAGCCCAUCCAUGUCAGCGAAAAAUGUUUUUGAAUAGUAAGUUAGUUGAGCGGCUGGUGGGCCCGCAUUGAUUUUGUUACAUGCUGACCACACUGCUUGCGUUGCAAAAUAAAUGUACACAUACAUGUUAUUCAAUCAUUGCACCCACACUGCUCGCGCGCGCUAACGAGCGUCUGCGUUGCCAAUCGCUAAAAUAGAAGUCAGUUCUAUUUGUGACGCUCAACGCGGUGCAAGUUCUGCCUCUCCCAUCUCCUCAUUGGUUUAUAGAAGCAGAUACCCACGUGCCAUCUCCUUAUUGGUUAUACCCACGUGGGUGAUUGAAAGAUGAACUGAGGUCGGUCGGUCGUGGGAAUACUAUGAAAGUUAGAUGCCAAUUGCCAUAUAAAGUCCAAAGAAGGAAAAAGCCUGGAAAGAUGACUAGAAACGAUUAUGUUGACCAUUUUAUGUGUGGAUUAAUUGUGCAUCAGGUAAAAUAACAACUCAACAUUUAUAUCCCAGGACAAAUUAGCGAGCAACAGCAAGCUAGCUAGCUAAAUUGCCAUAAAUGUUUAAUGCUUUUUGACCUGUCCCCAAAUUAAUAGAAUUGGUUGAGUUUGUUUUGUUAUUUCAACCUGCGUGUCGUGAUCACGUUUGGUGUGGGGGGGACAAAAUCAAUUGCGCACGAUGGCGCACUCACACGUCCGGUCUGGGCAUGGUGCUAGUCUCUCAGUUUCACUCAGAUAACAUUUCUCUACACACCAUGGCCAAAUGUGUAGAAUGACAGGAAAUGGGGUGUAAAACAGCUCAUUUUCCUCUUCUGCCCCAUGGCAAGAUGAUUAGAAUGGCAUGAAAUAGUUUAUAAAGUUGUGUAGCUCCCACCCCCCAUAAAAGUUGUCCAUCCCUGAUGCAAGCUAAUGUUUGAAACAAGCUGUGCCUGCUUUGUUUCAGCAUUUUGAACCCAAGCUUGGUGUUUAAGGAAUGUCAAACAAACAUUGGCGAGGGAAGUUGUUUUUAAAGGACAAUUUUACGUUUUUACAACCAUCUCUAAGUGGUACGCUAUAGAAGGAUCCAGACACAUUCUUUGGCGAUUUCAUUUGUUUUUGAGAAACUUACCCCCAGCCAGUGUCACUUCCUCAAUGUCACUGAAAAAAAACUUGAACAAAUGCUCCAAAAACAACCAAAUACGUCAUUUUCAUUCCAAACUUUAUCUGCAAUGUUAUAUUCCACUUUGCGGCGUCUCGAGCUGCUUCCCCUAUCUAGCUGUUCCAUUCUUUGGUAGCCUGCUGCUAGAAUGGACGGAUAAGUAUGGCUUGAGUCACAAUAAAAUGGAAUAUAACGUUAUAGAUAAUGGUCGGAAUGACAAUUUCAUGUGUACAACAUCUAAAGACCUGCGUCACUAUACUGAGAGCAUUUCCAUUUCUAAAAUGACGUAUUUGGGAUUUUAUGGAGCAUUUUGUUCAUGUUUUUUCAGAGCCCCCGUACUGCACAAUAUGAAUGAGGAAGUGACUCACUGGUUGGCCUACGUUUCUCAAAAACAAGUGAAAUGGCACAAAAAGUGUCUUUCUAUAACAUGCCAUUGUAAAAACAAACAAAAAAAAAAUAUAUAUAUAGAGAUGGUUCUUAAAAAAAAGAUUUAGGCACAGUUUCUUUCUCCCCCCCCAGAUCAUUUAAGAUCUCUAGCUAGCUAUAUGAUAAGAGUAGCAAGCGAACAUUUCAUGUACUGCAACGAGUUUGUCUUCAAGCAUUCCCCUGAAGGCCAGAGUUACCCCUUAUAGUCUGAAGCAAUGCAUAUGGUGCACAAGACUAGGGAUCGCCGCUGAUCACAACACAUGCCACAGACGCUUAUCCAGUGUUUUGUAUAAUGGUAUUGUUUCUCUGAUACUAGUCAUUGGGAGGGACAUAGUUGUCUCUCGUGAGUGCACAGGAUUUCUUUGAUCUAGAUAGGGUGCGAGUCUUUCCAACAGGUACCAACACUUAGCUGGUUAGAGGUCUGUCUACCGGUGUGACGCCGCUACUUGAAGACAAUUUGUUAAAUGUUGGAAUUCAGGAAGUGUCAAUGUCAUUCCAUCAUCUCCCCCAACCUUUUGUGUGAGAUUUGGAUGGUGACUGUGGGUCGAUGUGCAUUUGUGUUUGUGUGUGUUCGUGUGUGUGUGUGUGUGUGAGGUGAAAGCGAACUGCCCUGAUAUCUACUCCAGAGGUAGUGAGUGCCCUCCACUAAAAGUUAAUCAUGUAGAUUACUGCGGUUGGGAGCAAGGCAAAGCAGUGAGCCACACCAGCUGCUACACAGUAGCCCUUCCCUACCAGUGGCUCCCAACUGAAGUUGUAUACACCUUUUUUUUGUGGCCUUUUGGGUUAUGUGCUUAACAUUUUCUUGUGUAGACAUUUUAAUCUUGUAUUAUCGGAAUAGUAUUACUGUAUAUGCAAAAACGAUGUUUUGCUCAGCAGUUCCCAUUGCAGAUACUGUACAGUUCAGAGUACUUCAUCUUGUGAAGGAUAUUCAUGUGUAUAUAAUACAUAUGCAUAUCAACUAUUGUGUGUAUUUUGCUUAGGUCCAUGUGUUAUUAUACUAGUUGCAAAUGAUUUGUUUGACUGCAUUUGUGUACAAUUGUAAGAUGUUUGAACCUGUUGCAACAUGGUGUGUUGACAUAUUUGUCUUUUGUUCAAGUUUUAUAUUAUACAAUUUGUAUUUCAUUUUACAUCAUGCAAGCCUUGGUGCUGAAAGACAGUCUUUGAUUUUAUGUCAAAGUAUUAUUUUUCAGAAUGAUAUAUAUUUUUGUGUGUGUAAAUUCCCCUCAAUCUGAUUUUUACAUUUGAAUUGGCUCUCCAGCCAUCUUCAAGCGAUUUAGUAUCCUGUAUAUCUAACUGUGUAGGCUACUGCAUCCUAUCUGGUCUUUGUUACAAAUUCUCAAUCUGGCAUUCAGUAGGAAAAGAACAGUGUGAUGGAGCGUAAUAUAAAUGAAUAUUAUAUUAAUGUCAAUAUUAUGACAAGAUGAUGUUUUGGCGUUCAAGUCACCCUAAACUGAUUCAGGCUCUCGAUUCAUGACUGAAGACUUUCCGACAGUGCAGAGGCCACAUUGGAUUAUGGUGCGCAUCGUUUAGAUGGUUGUAAAUAGCCUUCUGUACAUUGAAGUUUUGACCCGAGGCCUCUGCCUAUGGUAGUUGCUCAUUUUGUCAGGCCAAUUUCAAGAGUCUUUUUUUUCCUAUCCACUGGCAUACUAUAUAGAACAACUGUACUGUGAAUAUGCUGGAGUCCUUUUCCCACAGACUAUAACCUAGCUGUUUUUGUUACUAUCGUUGCCCUGACAGUCAUACUGUGACUUGAAUAACUAGUAUACAGUACAUAACUGUGAUGUAUUUUGUAGUGGAGCGUAGACUUGCAUAUAAGGUGAUCUGUGAGACUUUAGUGACUGCCCCGUGCUGCUAUCUAAGAGAUGGGGCUCAAUGCCACUACGCUUCCACUCCACUCAAGACGGCUCUGUUGUAUUGAAAACAAAACACUACACACUGCAGUUUCAUGACUUAUCCCCACAUAGUCUUGGGUUAGUAGGUUGGCAAUACCUCAACCAUGUCACUAAAGACUAAUCCAUUUAACACUGUGGAUGCCAUCAUGGUGGGUCCCAUAUGGCUUCUCUAUUGGCAAAACCGGAGUCUGCCAGGGAGUGUAUACAGAUUUUACACAGCCAAGGUACAGUUUACAGUUUGGAAAAGUAGGCGUACAUUUUUAUAGUACGGUACUGGAUUACUAGUAACUCAAUCUACUUCUAUCAAUGUUAUUUCGUAGUCAAUAGGGGUCCAGGUUGACAUGACUACCAUGCUGCCCAAUUUAUAUCUGGGCUAGAGAAAUAUGCUUACUCAUUCAUGUCCAUGUUUUUGCCUGACUCAAUACUUCAAGGAGAAAUGUGAUUACUAUAUGUAAACAUUUCAGUGAACUGAUUUUUUUUUUUAAAUGUUGUUUUGUUGAUUGUUUUCCCUCUUAAAUCAGCCAGUACCCCCCCUCCUAUUUGUUUGGUUUAAGCUGGUGAAAUUAAUGUGGCCUAUUCUUUGCCAUCUAUGUAUCAUCAUACCUCCUUUUUUUGUACAAAAGUCAAUAAAAACCAGAUUGCAACUCCCA